AACACAGAACAUCUUUGUUCUUUUCAACCCUACAAGUUUCCCGCUCUUGAAUACCCUCCAAAGCAGAAAACUAGUAACCAUAUAUUCUUAUUACUUACAAAGAACAAGACCAUCACUAUUACUUCACAGUUCAUAAAGGUUCCAAGUCCAACAUGGGAAACUGCUUGUUAGGAGGCAUUUCAGAUCCUGAAUUAGUAAUCAAAGUCACAACAUCUAAUGGCGGCAUCAUGGAAUUCUAUGCUCCAAUUACUGUGAGUUUCAUCACUAGUGAAUUCCCGGGGCAUGGCAUAUUCCCAAGCCAUGACCUAUUCUGCAAACCACUUAGCCAAUUUGAUGAGUUGGUGGCAGGACAGUCAUACUACUUACUACCACUUAACAACAAACCUGAACACCCUUCUGCCUCCGGCCACAUCGGCGGUGACAACAGCGCUAUUCGGCAAGGCCAUGUUCGUUCUCAUAGCGUUCCUACAACACCCUACCCUCCGCCAUAUAGAAUGUCCUUGGACUACCAACACCACCAAGGAAUGAAGUUUCUCAACAAAACCUCCAUAGAACCUUUCUCUUGUAGGACUAGUACUAGUAAAAGCAGCAUAAUUACUAGUAGCAGUAGUAGUAAAAGCAGCAAAAUUACUAGUAGUAGUAAAAGCAGCAGGUUCUGGAAAGUGAAGCUUGUGAUAACUCCUCAACAAUUGAUGGAAAUUUUGUCACAAGAGGCUAGAACCAAGGAGUUGAUAGAGAGUGUUAGGAUUGUAGCCAAAUGUGGGGUUGCUGCAGGUGGCAUUUUACCAGCAUCUGCUGCACCAAGCAUAUUAUCUGAUCAGUGGAGCCUUUCCAGCAGUGGUAGGAGUGCUUGUGAUUCCUCUAAGGUUGAUGCAUUAGUGGUUGACAUUUAGUACAUUAGCACAAUGUAUGAAAAAAGAUUAGCAACGUGGUUUAACUCUUUCUUAAUUUCUAGUCCUUACUAAGCUCCUUUUUUUUAUUGCCAUAUAUGUUUCUUUGUUGAUUUUGUUUGCUUGUAAAAGUUCAGUUUAGACACAUUCUGUCAUGUAAUGUAUAAUCUCUGUGCAUUUGUUGUAUACUAGUGGUGUUAGCAUGUCCAGGGCACAAAUGUGUGUAUCUUUGCUUUAAUUUUUUUACUCUGUUUGGAACAGUAGUGCCAAAUCAAGCAGAAUUUUGCUACAGAAA